AAAGAAUUUUAAAAAAGGAAUCUCUGGUGAGAUAUUAAAAAGAAACGUCUCAGUCGUCGGGUCACCGGCUUACAGAGUCUCAUGCAAAGUGUUGGGUACUUCCUGUUCAUCAGAACCGGCUGCUAAGAUAUCGCCACUGAGAUAAACAGGGAAGGCAAAGGGAUGGGAGGGGUUGAUGAAAGAGGACAGGGAUAUAAUGAGACGUCUGUCCAGUUCAGGAGCAGAAGGUGAGGAGAAGAAGAAGAAGAGCAGAAAGACGCAUAAACAAACUCGCACCACACACCCCGGGAGGAUUUAUCACUAUUCACUGCACCAGUAACGUCCAUGAGGAACAUUACAGGGAUGAAGGAUGAAUGGGUUUUUGUUCUCCUGUUCUCCUCAGUAGUAUGUGGUAUAGGAGCAUAUAUUCCUCAUCGCUAUCACUUUGUGAAUGAGAAUAAAACCUGGAGUGAAGCUCAGAAUUACUGCAGAGAGAAAUACAUUGAUCUGGCCUCCAUCAACGACAUGGGAGAGAUGAUGAAGCUGGAUUACACACUGAAGAAGGAAACUGUAAAGAAAGCUUGGAUCGGUCUACAGAGAGAGGGCACUGGGGAAUGGCAGUGGUCUCUGGCAGACCAAACUUUCUACAGAGACGGAGACACUUACAGAAACUGGAACAGUGGAGAACCAAACAACUACGGGGGAAAUGAGUUCUGUGUUAAUAUGGUAAAAAGCACUGGUUCCUGGUAUGAUGGCAACUGUGAUACCCCAUUACCUUUCGUCUGUUAUGAAGGUAAGAACUUGCUAAUAGAUGUUAAUAAAAGGCAAAAUAGCACUUAA